AUGGGCCUUAGCAUAGAAUCUACUAAUAUUAAACGCCAUUACGAUUUUACAAUAUUGACGUGUCAACUCUUUUUAUUACUCUUCUUUGAUUUGCGAUUACUCUUCUCCUCUUCGCUAGAAGAUGAUGACUGGUGUGGAGCAUCAAAGAAAUCUGCCGGAUAUUUGAUGGAAGAUGGUCGAUUCGUGAGACUAGCCCUAGCGAUGGCGUCAACGACCAAUCUAUCUGAAAUUCUUGACAGCGGUUCGACAGGUAAAGGUGCAACCCCACUUGAUGGUGUUGAACUAUUAUUAUUAAUGUAUCCUGAAACGUGCAAUUUUGCUUUAUGUUAA